AUUAGAUUUGAAGCAGCUAAGGUCAUUCCACCUCUCACCGAUAGUGAAAUUUGCUCUCUCUCUUUAUCAAUUCGACUAUCGGGACCUUCCGUGCAUGUGCCAGAUCUGCUUCAAAGAAGUUUGCACUGAGAGGAAAAAAAGAAAUGAAGAAGCUUUGAGUCAUAUUUUCUCUUGUCACGCAAAACUAGUUUAUAAAGUGGCAAAGAUUCUAGCCUUUAGGCUUACCUCCUACUUUCAAAGGAGGCCAAACUUUAAUGCUCAUGCUCCAGUUAGGCAACAAUUCCCAUCGACGAAUAGGCCAAGACAAUUCACCAAGCUUCCAAUCCCUUACAGUGAGGUGUUGAAACAAUUAGUGGCAGUGGAUUUGGUGGAAACAUUGCAAACGUACCCUAUUCGACAACCUUAUUUGCAUUGGUAUGAUUUACAAGCUAAAUGUGAAUAUCACAAUGUAGUGGGUCAUAGUACUAAGUAUUGUACAGCUUCGAAGCAUAAAAUUCAAGAUCUCAUUGAUGAGGGUAAACUUGAGCUUGAUGCUAAGGAAGCCAAGGAUGCUCCAAACAUCACUCAAAAUCCUUUACCUCCAUAUGAUGCAAACAUAAUGAAUAUGGUCACCUUUGAUGAGGUUGAAAAGUCGGUGUUGGAGAAUGCCAUUUCUUGGUCUGUUGAUGAAUUGUUUGCCAUCUUGAUAAAGUAUGAUUUGAUUCAGCCAAUUGUGCAAAUGAGCUUAAAUGUUUCACCUGCGAUGAUUGAUGAUGCCUUAGUGUGUCCUUGCCACUCCAAUAUGAAGGGGCAUACUUUACUAGAUUGUGAAGAUUUUCAGAAAAAGGUUAAGGAGUUGCAAGUAAUGGGAUCUUUGAAGUUUGUGUUUACUCAGGUGUCAGAAAAAUGUAUAGCACAGUUUGAGGAGGUGGUUGAUAUCAUUAAUGAGGUCUGUUCUGAUAAUAAAGAAGACUAUUUUGGCUUCAACAAUCUCUUUGGGUCGGCCAACAUGGCAGAUCCUAAGGAAAGGUGGAGGGGGAUACUAGCUGAAAGGACAUUUAUGGAGAAGCACCCCAACUUCCAUCUUGUGCAUCAUGUGAAAGCUCCAAUGGGUUCACAUGAGUCUAUGCCUCUUGAAUCAAUGAAAGAAGAAUCACUAUGUGACUCAUGGGGAAAUUUGACUAUGAAUGCUCUAGAUGAGGAAGAACCGGAAUUUGAUGAGGGAAUUUCACUAGUCAAUGGAAGCUUUCAGGCUAAUUGGACAGCAGAACUUCUCCCUGCAACUUUCAUCUUUGAGUAAAAGGAGUCAGCCUCUAGUAGUUUUGCUUGUUACUACGUGAAAGGAGGGAUUCAACAAGCACUUUUAUAUUUUCUGAAAUUUAUGUUAUCAUGCUUCUAGUAUUCCCAUGCUUUCCUUUUCGAUGAAACAUGUUGCAAUCCUACCCAUCAUUGUAAAAAUCAUCAUGAAGCAACUUUACUUGAACUUUCAUUGUACAAGCCACUUUUAACAUGUUCUUAUCUUUGCUUUAUUAUUAUUUGGCCAUUUAUUUACUUCCAUCCAUAAUUUUCAGGCUUGCUAAUGAUGAAUCUUUAAACAAUGACGCCAUAUCAGACAUUAUAUAUGAAAUGGAUGAUCAGACCUAUAAUGAAGAAGACCAUGAAAGUCUUGAUCCUUCUCAUAAACUAACUCAAAUGCU